UUAAUAAACUUAACAAAUGAGAUAUGAUGGAUAAUACUUCUUCCCUUGAUGAAGACGAGUGUGAUUACUUAUUUAAGACAGUCUUAAUAGGAGAUUCAGCUGUCGGGAAAUCCAAUCUUUUGUCACGGUUUGCUAAAGACGAGUUUUAUUUAGAUUCAAAGCCAACUAUUGGAGUUGAAUUUGCUUAUCGUAAUGCUAAAGUUGGCGAUAAGAUUAUCAAGGCUCAAAUAUGGGACACUGCUGGACAAGAAAGGUUUAGAGCAAUAACAAGUUCAUAUUACCGUGGAGCACUAGGUGCAAUGCUGGUGUAUGACAUCACUAGGCAGGGGACCUUUGAGAAUCUAAAGAAAUGGCUACAUGAACUUCGAGAAUUUGGGAACCGCGACAUGGUAAUCGUUCUUGUUGGCAACAAGUCAGAUUUGGAUGAUUUGAGGGAAGUUGGUGUCGAAGACGGACAAAAGCUUGCGCAACUAGAGAAUUUAUGCUUCAUGGAAACCUCUGCAAAGGAGAACUUGAAUGUAGAAGAUGCAUUUCUCCAAAUGAUCACUAAAAUAUAUGAAAUAGCAAGCCUUAAAAGCCUUGAGGCCAAGAAGAAUGAAUCAAAUCCAAAUCUUGAUCGGAGAAAAGAAAUAGUAGUUGUGGUUGAUCAAGUGCUUCCUACUAAACAAUAUUAUACUUGUUGUACCAGCUAGCUAGGCCAAAGGUUGGUUUUUUGUCAUUCAUUUGAGCUUAACGUUUUGUCAAAUCAUGUUGGAUGAAUAACAUAUAUAAAAAAGCUUGCUAGUAGUUAAAACUAGACA